AUCAGAAAUAGUACACAAAAACACGAAAGGGAACGAAAUUUGAAGUUGCAGUUGCUCCGUUUUUAAACUGAAUAACCUUUGUAAAUCGUCAGUAAAUCUCAUGAAACAAUGGAAUGUGAUAAAGAGAUGACUGAAGAAUAUACACAAAUACCAAUUAUUCCUGAAAUAAACACUUUGGAAGAAUUAAUAGCUGAAUUGCAAAAAGUGUUCCAGGAGGACAGAAUCAAUGUUGAACAUGUGAAGGCUGUACUGGGAGCCUAUACAAGUAGACCAAGGGAUUGGAGAAAAUAUGCUAAAUUUGACCCUCACAGAUAUACCAGGAAUUUGGUUGAUACUGGCAAUGAUAAAUACAACCUGAUUGCGUUAUGUUGGAGUGAGGGGCAAGGAAGUGGUAUCCAUUCUCACGCUGACUCACACUGUUUUGUAAAAGUCCUCGAUGGUGACCUUCGAGAGACAAUGUAUGACUGGCCAAAACCUGAUGAAGAGGGAGAAAUGAAACAGAAAGAAAUCAAUACAUAUGGAAAAAAUGGAGUCACUUAUAUAAAUGAUUCAAUGGGUCUACAUAGGAUGGAAAACCCAAGCAACAGUGACCAGUGUGUCUCCCUCCAUCUUUACUCUCCCCCCUUCAAUAUGUGUAAGUGCUUUGACCAGAGGACAGGACACGUCGCAGAGACAAAGGUGACAUUUUGGAGCCAGUUUGGGAACAGGACACCAUUCAAAGUUUUGAAAAAGCAAGAUUCCCAGGCAUGUUUCAGUGUGGAAGAAAAUGCCGAAAUUGAUGCCAACACUUUGCCUUAUUGUGGGAGUCCUAUCACAGAGUGUGAAAACAACUAAUAAUAGUGAGACUUGAUUUCAUGCUGGCCAAGAGAAAUAUCUGUGAUAUUACAACUAUACCAGGGAGCAACGUUGGAACAGCCAUUUUGUGUUACUCCGACUGCCAGCUGUGGCUAUACUAAUUAUUUCAGCAUUGUAUAAGAAAAUAAUGUAAUUUUGGCAUCCAAACAAGAACCAAUAGCACUUUUGUAAUUGUGGAAACAUGUGUCAUUUAUGAAAAAUCAUUUAUGUUCUUUUUAUUCAGAAUUGUUAUUGAUUUUCAUGGAUCAAUUUAUAUUGUGAAUGUACUUGGUCGAUUCAUAUAUACUGAGUACAUAUACAUGGAAUCAUGUACAUGUAUCUGGCGCUCUAAGUUCUUAAUUUUUGUUCCGUGUUCCGUUCUGAGGGCAUAAUUCCGCGGAUCGGAACAAAAUCGGGUAUC